GGGGAUUAUGACCUAUACUGCAUCCGGCCACCUGGGGGCGAUCAACGUUUGGCUUCAUUUUUCAAGAUCUCUGCGGCUCACUUGGUACAGGCACAUUCAAAGCUGCCUAUAACGUCAUCAGUAAGCGCCACGAGAAGGUUCUUCUUUCACGGUGUUUGUUCCACAUGCUGUUUCGAGGAGUUAUAGGUCAAACUGCAAUAUAGGAGCGAUGUUCCGGUGUUUGACACUACUUAGGUUGAGUCUCCAGACUCGUGGAAAGGCUAGUCUUUUCUCGUGUAGCCGAAGCCGGAGUGUCACAGCGACAUUCAGUGAAGUCAAUGCAAGUACAAGGACAAAACAGUAUGGCACUAAACUUAGACACUGGAGCCCAAGCCAUUUUGGUGUGAAGUUAACCUGCCAUUCCUAUAGCACUCAAGCAGAAACUGCUGAAGAGGAGAUUCUCCACAACAUUAUUAAUGACACAGAGAAUGUUCAAGGGUCCUACUCUAAGCAUGAGUUCCAGGCAGAAACAAAAAAGUUGCUGGACAUCGUGGCCAGAUCAUUGUACUCUGAGAAAGAGGUGUUCAUAAGGGAGCUCAUCUCGAAUAGUAGUGAUGCGCUAGAAAAGCUGCGACAUAAGCUUAUUACACGAGGAGGAGAUUCUGAACCUCUGGAAAUCCACCUACAGACUGAUGCAGCUAGAGGCAUUUUAACUAUUCAGGACACUGGUAUUGGGAUGAAUCAAGGGGAACUGAUUACCAACCUAGGCACGAUUGCUUGCUCUGGCUCUAAGGCUUUUCUGGAGGCUCUUCAGAGCCAAGCCGACGCCCAAAGCUCCAUCAUCGGGCAGUUUGGUGUCGGCUUUUACUCUGCCUUCAUGGUGGCGGACAAACUAGAUGUUUACUCUCAGAGUGCAGAACCUGGUAUUCCCGGAUACAAGUGGUCCUCAGACGGCUCAGGAGUGUUCCAUAUUGCUGUGGCCAGUGGUGUGAGACAGGGCACUAAGAUUGUCUUACACCUGAAGGACGAAUGCAAGGAGUUUUCUUCUGAGGACCGUGUUAAAGAGGUUGUGAAGAAGUACAGCAACUUUGUCAGUUUCCCCAUUUACCUGAAUGGCAGACGACUGAACACACUGCAGGCUCUCUGGAUGAUGGACCCUAAAGAGAUCAGUGACUGGCAGCAUGAAGAAUUUUAUCGCUAUGUAGCAAAGGCAUAUGAUAAACCACGCUACACACUGCACUACCGUGCUGAUGCUCCCCUCAACAUACGGAGCAUUUUCUAUGUUCCUGAGAUGAAGCCUACCAUGUUUGACGUGAGCAGGGAGAUGGGCUCCAACGUCGCUCUGUACAGCAGGAAAGUCCUGAUCCAGACCAAGGCUACAGACAUUUUGCCCAAGUGGCUGCGCUUCUUGCAAGGAGUGGUGGACAGUGAGGACAUCCCCUUGAAUCUCAGCAGAGAAUUACUACAGGAAAGUGCUCUCAUCAGGAAAUUGCGAGAUGUGCUGCAGCAGCGAAUCAUUCGUUUCUUGUUGGACCAGAGCAAGAAAGAGCCAGAGAAAUAUGCUCGCUUCUUCGAGGACUAUGGGCUUUUUAUGAGAGAAGGCAUUGUCACCAGUGCUGAGCAGGACAUUAAGGAGGACAUAGCCAAGCUGCUCCGCUUUGAGUCCUCAGCAUUGCCUGCUGGGCAGCAAACCAGCCUCAUGGACUAUGCCUCACGCAUGAAGGCAGGCACCAGAAACAUUUACUACUUGUGUGCUCCCAACCGCCAUCUGGCUGAACACUCACCAUACUUCGAGGCCAUGAAAAUGAAGGACAUGGAGGUGCUGUUCUGUUAUGAGCAGUUUGAUGAGCUAACGCUGCUCCACCUCAGAGAGUUCGACAAGAAGCAGCUCAUGUCUGUGGAAACUGACAUUGUAGUUGACCACUACAAGGAAGAAAAGUUUGAAGCUAGCAAGCUAGCAUCAGAACAAUUAAGCGAGCAGCAUGCUGAGGAUCUAAUGGCCUGGAUGAGGAACUGUCUUGGUCAGAAAGUCACAAAUAUCAAGGUGACCCCUCGUCUGAACACUCACCCUGCCAUGAUCACAGUGCUGGAGAUGGGAGCAUUACGACAUUUCCUUCGCACUCAGCAGCUGGCACGCACUGUGGAGGAGAGGGCACAGAUCCUGCAGCCCACACUAGAGAUCAAUGCUGGGCAUGACCUCAUCAGAAAGCUUCAUGUGCUGAAAGACUCUAAUCCUGAACUUGCACAGCUGCUUCUUGAGCAGAUUUUUGACAACGCUAUGAUAACAGCUGGUCUGAAUGAUGACCCUCGGCCAAUGAUCUCUCGCUUAAAUGAACUGCUGACCAAAGCCCUGGAGAAACAUUGAGACCAGGACUGGAGAUUGGAGAAACCUGUCCCUAAGGAAUACUUUGUUUUGCAUCAUUACAACCAUCUACAAAUGUAGUAAAUUUUUUGUCAUAAUUUGUCCUACACUUUGCUGAAUAUGUCCAGACUAAAUCCCCAUAAAUGUCACAGGUCUUGUGCAGAUUAACAGCUGCUCAUCUAAAAGUAGAUUUAUUCUUUUCAUGGCUCCGAGUCGGAUGUAGGACUGUAGGACAAAGAUGAUGAGAGGACUCUGUUACUGCACAUAUCUGUUUUCUUCCAGCUUUUGGGCAUUUCUAUUACCUUUCUUUUGCUUGCUACAAUGCAUCAGACACAUUGAUUUAUUAUAAAGUUGGGCUCUGCUGAUCUUUUGCUGCUGCACAGUAAGACCGGUUUUGAAAGUCAUGCAGAGCAUGGAUUCAGCAGAGCUCUCCACUCAAAUGAAUGCAAAGUGGUGCUCAUGGACACACAACAUUAAAGCUGCAAUAUCAGCUUCUGCUGAACUCUUGUCUGUUAUUGAUAUUGCCUUUUUGUCUUUAUUCAUCAGCAGGAUUGUAAUAUUCAUAAAACUUUGUAUUUAUGUUGAAAGUUCAGAUCUCCGUUGCUUAUGAGACUCACAAGAUGUUUGUGACUUUAAAACGUCCAGGUCCAAAAACAUAAAAAUGUAAGGAAGGAAUGGAUGCUGUAUUAAAUAAUUGUAUGAAAGGGAUUAAAAAACUAGUGGGGGGGGAAUCCAUUUAAAAAAUUAGGACAAAAUAGUUAUUUAAUGAAAUGGGCAAGCUCAUUUAAAAAAGCACUGUUGACUUUAUUUCAUUUGCAUAUUUCCAAAUAAAAUAAACUGCAUUUCCA